UUUUGUGCUGAUGCGAUUGCUCCAUCGUUGAGGCUCGGUGAUCGUCGUUUUACUUGUCGAAAACGGAAUUUCACGUGAACAUGCUGUUCAAGAUUGUCAGUUCGUUGGGGUUGCUUGCGGGCGCUGCGUUUGCGCAGACGCCGGCUGGGUUUACGCCUUCGGUGAACAAGACGCUGGAUGUGUACUAUGGAUCUACGUACAUUUCGCCGGGACUGAUGAUGAAGAAGUCGAGCGUGCAGAGCAAGCCGACAAUCGGAGUAACGGGGAUGGAGCUCUCGGGCAAGUACCUAUUGGCAAUGAUUGACAUCGAUGUCCCAUCAGGCAGUGCCCGCACUACCGUGCUCCAUGCCCUCCUGCAGGACUGGGCUCCCACUGGACAGACGCAGAACGGUAGCUCGAUCCUCACUACUUCAGCCACGGGCCCAGCAUCCUACUUCGGACCUGCGCCCCCCGCCGAGACGCCCAAGCACCCCCACAACUACAUUUUCUUGCUGCACGAGCAACCUGCGAGUUUUGCGGUUCCGUCUUCUCAGAGACAAGUGGUGCAGAGCAGAAUGGGCAUUAAUUGGCCUAAGUUUAUGACGGAUGCGGGAUUGGAGGACCCGAUUGCGGGAGUCUAUCUGCAAGUACAGUCGGGGGAUAAUACGAAGAUGUUUGUGGCGUAGAAGACGAAGAGAGGAAGAAAGGAGGGGGCGAUGGGAGCGGUCUGGUAGAAGUUAGUGUACAGAUGGAAC